AUGUCCAUCAAAACCAUGCAAAUUUUAUCCGAUCUAAAUAAGAACAUAGUCCCAGAGAACGGGACAAGAUCCUAUGAUAAAGUCUUCAAUUCUACCCCUUCGAUGGAUAAUAUAAAACGUCACAACUGUAGCAAUUCCCAAGGCGCGUCGACUUCUUCGCCUGUACCUGCAUCUUCGAGAUAUGCUGCUUCCGAUCUCACUUGUUCGUCCCCUGUUCAAAGUAGGGCGAAAGUGUAUGAUGAUAGUAUUGUCGGGAAUUCAACAGACGUCACAAAUAAACUAGUUGAUCCUUCUGACGAUAUUGAGUCGACCAGCAAUUCUUCUGUUAUCGCCUCCCACGCUUCAUUUGCUCCACCAUCAUUAACGUCAAAUCAACCUUUACUCAACGGAGAAAGUAGAAAGAUUCAGCCACCAGCUCCACCGAGAAUUGCAACCAUCUUUGCCGACAGCGUGAUCACUCCGCCGACCUCUGAUGGGAUAGCAAAGAAAUCUCAACAUCAACGUGUUGCUUCAGACGAUGAUGUUUUAAUAACUUUACCAAGUCCUGCAACAUCAGUUCAUGAUUUUCCUGCAUCUCACCACAUUAAGAACAAUCAAAUUCAGAAAAGAGCAAAUUCAACGAAUCUGAGUGUAAAAAAAAGUUCUUACUCUCAUCAUCGACCUGGACAUUGGAGGGAACUUUCAUCGGAGAUGUACCAUCAAAACAACCAUUGUAGUAAUGAUGAGGUAGGACCUAUAAGCAGUCACUCCUCGUUGCAGCAGAGGUUGAAGAAACUUGGGCUAAACUGUUCGGAGUUAAUUGGGCAUUACGCCAUCAUCAAAACGAUUGGCUCUGGCUCAUUCUCGGAAGUGAAACUUGCCAUGAAUUUAAACUCUUGCGAGAAUGUAGCAAUCAAGAUGAUCGCCGUGAAAGGAAUUCAAGACAGCGAUCGAUUGCAGACGGGUGUCUGGCGCGAGGUUGAACUCUUAAAGUUCAUCGAUCAUCCUAACAUUGUUAGUCUAGUCGACACAAUUGAUACCCCAUCACACCUUUGUUUAAUUCUCGAAUACGUUCCUGGUGGCGAAUUAUUCGAUUUUGUGAACGAUUAUUACGAGGAAACUACAGAAGAUGAUAUGAAACACAUAUUCCUUCAAAUUGUAGAAAUCGUGUCAUACCUUCAUAAUGCAAACAUUGUUCACCGUGACCUGAAAUUAGAAAAUAUUUUGUUAAAAUCUCCAUAUUCACCCGAAAGGCCGGAAAAUCCGAUUAUCAAAUUAACAGAUUUUGGAUUGGCAAAAUUCAUCGAUCCAAAGUCACCACUUUCCACCACCAGAUGCGGAUCGGAAGAAUACGCGGCACCGGAAUUAAUACUAGCACAGCCCUACGAUGGUAGGAAAACUGACAUAUGGGCAUUGGGAAUUAUCUUAUAUUCUUUACUCGUUGGGUAUUUGCCAUUUAAUCAAGAACGUGGACAAACUAGAAAGCAGUUUUGUAGCAAAAUUGCCAGAGCCGAUUUUAAUUUUCCUCCAUCUAGCGCCAGUGGAAGACGUGGAAAAAUUAGCGAAGAGGCAAAAGAUUUGGUGAAAAGGAUAUUACAGCGUGUACCUGAAAAAAGACUUUCCUUAAGUGGUAUUAAAGAUCACCCGUGGUUGCAAGUGACCAAGAUAUCCAAGAUAUAA